AUAUAAUUAAAUAAAGUUAAAUAAAAUAAAUAUUGGUCCCAAAGUAGUGGAGCAAAAUUAUAUAACUUUAACUUAAACAGCGAUUAGGAAUAUGUUGAAAAUACAAAAGUCACACUAAUGCAAAGUUGUGUGUGUGCAUGUAGAGAGAUGAAAUUAAGAGGAUCGUGGAAAGAUAGAACGCGCUCUCUUAUUCUCUAUUGUAUUCUAUUCUCUGUCGUUGUUGGUCUCAAAUGCAUGUUGUAGAGUAAUAUUUUUUAUUCGGUUGCUGAUAACGAGAGAGUGCGGUUCUAUCGGUUGCCUAAAUAAAAUAAUUAUUGAACAGUAAGAACAAUAAAAGGGUAUACCAAGUGGUGAAAUAAUUGAAUUAUACAAAUAAGAAUAAUUAAAAAAAUAAAAGUUCAUAUAUGUAUUUAUUGAAAACAAGUGCAAAUAAGUUUUACGAAAUACAUAUAUAUAUGUAUAUGGCUCUCUUGAAUUUUUGUUCAAGAGCAAGAGAGCGGAUGCAUACGGCGAUAAUAAAAAAUAUCGGAGUGUUUUGUCAUCCUGGUGUUUUUGGUACGAGCAAAAAAACACCCGGGUGCCUGCUGCGCAAUAACCAACACUAGAAUAUUCUAGUGUUUUUGCUUUAUAAAGGCGGAUUCAGAUUUCAUAAACAAUCCGAUUCAAUUUCACAGAAUCACUCAGUCAGAAUGCACGCAACUGUCAUUUCCGGUUUUCGGGAUAGUUUAUCUGCUGUUCCUGUUCCUGGGACAUCUUUCGGCCCAAAUUACCGUGGGUUCAAGCACGUUCAAUCCUGAUCCGACAACCAGACAACCCCGACAAUCCUACGAUGACCGCCCGCUGCGCAAUCGUCUCUUUGGGGAACCAGUUCCAAAGUCCACUUAGUCUUCACUCUCGAUACGGUUAUCUAGAAGCUGUAAAAAACUGGGUUUAAAGUGCAUUUACCAAGCCUUUGAGAUUGCAUUUAAAUAUAUAAGAAUGAACGUAACGAGAUAUGUAUAUGUAUAAUCAAGGUCAAUGCACAACAUAUAUAAAUUACAUAUAUAAUUUAACAUUUUAAAUGAAACAAUAAUAUGAAAUGUAAGAUGUCUUUUUGCUUUGAGUGCAUUGUGUAUAUGUAAGGCGCCUUUAAAGUCGCGAGCCAACUGUUUGUUUACUGAGUCCAGUUUCUCGGAGUCGCCAUGAUCACACGCAUCGCCUUUUAUAUUCUCCCUGUCUUGGUUCUUUGGAGCCUGAUAGAGAUUGAGGGUCUUCCUAGCGCCGGGGACGUGGAGCAUUCCCGGAAGAACCAACUCCUCCAGGACGAACUGUUCAUCAACUGCUGUCGCAUCCUCAGGAGGAGUGAUCCCAGCGACAAUUGCCUGUCUUGUGAGGAGCAAUUCAGACCCAUGGAACCAGUCACCGAGGCGUCGCGCGAUGUGCCCAAAACACCACUGGGAGUUCCGUGUUCUCUGACCCAUAGAGGAUGCUAUGCGGAACCAAAUGGCUCCGGUGGCGGUAAAAAAUAAUCUUGAAUCUAAUUUUCACCAUAACAUAUUUCGCAUUGCGUGUUAUUUACUUCAAUUUAUACAAGGUCCAUAAUAAACAAAAAUGAAAUAAAGCACAAAAAAUUUAAAUUAA